GCCGCGAAACCGAGCUUGAAGAUAUCCGCCGACCUCUGCCCGAGUAUUAUCUCUAAAAAUGUCCCAGCCGAGGCUCAACCUACUGUUACUGUCCGCGUCACCAUGACCCUUAGCCCAGUGGCGCCCGCACCGCUGUCGUUCCUGCGCAAGUACAGCCUCGUGGAGCCACAUAUGGACCAGGGACAAUCCCAGUACAAUUUCUCCGGGACAUACAGGGUUAUCCGGUGCCCCCCUGAUGAUACCAUCCUGGACACGCCGGCCACAUACGACGGCAUCGUCACCCUUCUACCAGGCGUCCCGGCUACCUUUGAUUACGACCGGUUCACCGGGACCGAUUUUUAUGAAAACUAUAAAAGCGGAGAAGCUUACCUCCUGCGCCUAGGGAAUGGUCUGACAACGCCACUGCUGUUGGGUGUAUGGAGCUUUAGGGAUUCUCAGAAGCUACAAGACCUAGUCGACUUCGAUAUUUCGCAGGAGAAAUGGCCGGUUCUAAUCGUCGAGGGUGAUAAGCCGGACAACUUUGGGCCAGUAGUGUUCACAACACACGUGCCGUGGUAGUGGUACCGUAGUGUUACCCUUCAAGGGUCGAAGAGAGAAGCAGGUAUUGGAAAGUCGAUGAUUUUCAUUUGAGAAAUCCAGCUUCACGCGAGCUGAACCUACCUGCAACCGGCGCGAAUAGGUUAGCUCUCGGAUUUCUCACAUUUGAAGCGUUGUUCCAGAACAAAGACAGAUCGACUUUUGUAUGGUUGAGAUAAGAGACAAAGUAAUGGCGUUGACAAAGAA